CUUUUCUUGUGGAGUGUAGCCUCGUAACCGGUUAAUAAAAACAAAAUGUCAGCAAAAGGUGGAAAGAAAUUUCACAAAUGGACCAUGGACUUCACUGGGGCAAAUAGGAUGAAAGGGGAGAAGCAGAUCUCAUUGUCUCACACCACUGUCCAGAAUCCCUACGGGUACUCAGAGCUAAGCAGCAGGAAGGAAACAGAGAGGCAGGAACAGGACGAGCAUCUCAUUAUCAAGAAAGGCUGGAACAUUGCUUUGGGACCGAUUAAACAGAUCCCCAUGAACUUCUUCAUCUUGUGGAUGGCAGGCAACACGAUCUCUAUCUUCCCCAUCAUGAUGGUGGGCAUGAUGUUCUUCAGGCCCAUUCAGGCCCUUAUGUCUGCCUCCAACACAAUCUUUAAGAUGAUAGAAGGACCACAGCAUCUCAUACAGAAGUUUGUUUACAUACUGGGCAAUGUGGUCUGUCUCGGACUGGCCGUAUACAAGUGUCAGACCAUGGGACUUUUACCAACUACGUCUUCUGAUUGGCUGGCUUUCUUGGAAGCACAAAAGAGAAUUGAGUGGUCCGGAGGUGGCGUCGCAUUAUAACCAAUACCUGUAUACAUAGUUGAAAUUGUGAAUUGUCUACAUACCAAGUGGAAAAACUGAUGAACCUUUUCUCAACAUCUUCAAGACAUGCUGACUGAAGUCGUUCCAACAGUCUUGAAACUGUGAAAUAAGAGAGAAGUAGAAACUGUGAAUGACUGUUGUAACAUCAAGGAUGUGUAACUAUCUUCAUUUUAUCAAUCACAGAAACAUAUGAUGUCCAACAAUAAUGUUAUGGUGUCAAUUAAGAAUGGUUUAAGAUUUCCACAACAUUACAAACUUCUGUAAAAUGCCAAUGUCAAGAUUUAUCAGGGGGACAUUUUUUGAUUCACAUGUCUGGAUAUCUCUAUAUCUUUUGCUGAAGAUAAUCGCCUAAAUUUCUGGUUUUGUAACAUAGUAAUUUUUAAUUCAAUAUUGUACAUCAUCAUUUUUCAUAUCUAUAUAUAAGAAUCUAAUUAAUUCCUGAAAUCUACAUCUAUUAAAUAAAUGUUCUGUCGAAUAUUCAUGGACGAUUUUUUUAUCAAAAUAACACCCAAGCAUGCCCCAGGCCUUGCCUUUAGGAUGUUUUGAAUGCACAAGAACAAAGCCUGCAGUUGGAAAUGGGUUGAUUUUUUAAAAUGUAAAUUGUCUAUGAUAAAAAUUUCUUCAAACUUAAACCACUGAGCAUUUUAUUUUUGAAUUUAAGGCACAUGAGUACACCUGUUUUUGAAAUUUAGGUACUGUGUUUUGGAUAUUCUGUCAUAAGGCACCCAAGGGAUGGGGUCUGUGCUCUAUAGUUGAUUUGUCCUAGUAAUCAAACUUUUUCAAAGAAUACCAUGUAUUUUUUCUGAACACAACGUUUAUAAGAAAACCAUGCUUAUGUUUGGUGGCAUUAAAUCGUAUCUUAUAUAUUCGACACUUGCUGUUACUAGAAUGAAUUAUAAUUUGAAAACUUAAUGUGCAAUAUCAUUGCAAAUGUGUUGUAGUUCUUUCCAUGAAUUGUAAUAUGUACAUGCAUGGGAUAACGUAAUAAACUGGAAAAUAUACAUUUAA